AUCUCUCGUUUUGUCUCGUGCAGUCUGGGUGGACUGGGUGCAUCAGUAAAGAGGAUAUAUUGGGCACAGGUCCUUUGUCCUUUAACAUUUCUAGCGCUUUUACCUCCUCCACUCGCCUCUUAAUUCCUAAAGGACUACACAAAUUGUCCCAAACCAAUCCAUUUCCCCUCCCGAACAGAGCGUUGCAUCCAUUAUCACAGUGAUAACGGUUCAUCAAAGGGAAUAGAGCAUUAAGAAGAUGUCUGGCUAUCAGGGCAAGAAGAAUAUUCCCCGCAUAACCAGUGACCGUCUCUUGAUUAAAGGGGCGAAGAUUGUGAAUGAUGAUCAGUCGUUCUAUGCCGACAUCUAUAUGGAAGAUGGCCAGAUCAAGCAGAUUGGAGAGAACCUGAUAGUGCCCGGCGGGGUGAAAACCAUCGAUGCUCAUGGGCGUAUGCUGAUGCCGGGUGGCAUUGAUGUGCACACACGCUUCCAGAUGCCUGACAGGGGCAUGACUGCUGCGGAUGAUUUCUAUCAAGGCACCCGUGCUGCGCUGGCUGGAGGAACCACCAUGAUCAUUGAUCAUGUGGUUCCUGAACCCGGGACAAGUCUGAUCUCGGCCUUCAAUCAGUGGCGGGAAUGGGCGGACAGCAAAGCGUGCUGUGAUUAUUCUCUUCAUGUGGACAUCACUGAAUGGCACAAGGGUGUUCAAGAGGAGAUGGAGGCGCUCGUCAAAGAUCACGGAGUUAACUCUUUCCUCGUCUACCUGGCUUACAAAGAUGUUUUCCAGCUCACUGAUUCCCAGAUCUACGAAGUGUUCAGUGUCAUCCGGGACCUCGGGGCCAUCGCUCAGGUCCACGCUGAGAACGGAGACAUCAUAGUCGAGGAGCAGCGCAGGAUUUUGGAGUUGGGUAUCACUGGUCCAGAGGGACAUGUCCUCAGUCGACCAGAAGAGUUGGAGGCGGAGGCAGUGAACCGCUCUGUAACAGUGGCCAAUCAGACCAACUGUCCUCUUUACAUCACCAAGGUGAUGAGCAAGAGUGCCGCUGAUGUCAUCGCCCAGGCCAGGAAGAAAGGCACUGUUGUGUAUGGAGAGCCAAUCACAGCCAGUCUUGGCACGGACGGCUCACACUAUUGGAGCAAGAACUGGGCCAAGGCUGCCGCCUACGUCACGUCCCCACCCUUGAGUCCGGAUCCCACCACACCGGACUAUCUCAACUCACUGCUGUCAUGUGGGGAUCUGCAGGUAACAGGAAGUGCUCACUGCACCUUUAACACCGCCCAGAGAGCUGUGGGCAAAGACGACUUCACCCUCAUCCCUGAGGGAACCAAUGGCACUGAGGAAAGGAUGUCCAUCAUCUGGGACAAAUGUGUGGUAACUGGAAAGAUGGACGAAAACCAGUUUGUGGCCGUCACCAGCACCAACGCCGCUAAGAUCUUCAACUUGUACCCGCGCAAGGGCCGCAUCGCCGUGGGUUCAGACGCCGAUCUGGUUCUGUGGGACCCUGAUCUCACGAAGAUCAUCUCAGCCAAGAGCCACAAUCUGGCGGUGGAGUACAACAUCUUCGAGGGCACCGAGGUGCGUGGGUCGCCUCUGGUGGUCAUCAGCCAGGGAAAGAUCGUCCUGGAGGAGGGGAACCUCCACACCACUGAGGGGUCCGGCCGCUACGUGACCCGCAAACCCUUCCCUGACUACGUCUACAAGAGGAUAAAGGCUCGCAGCAGGCUUGCUGAACUGAGGGGCGUCCCGCGGGGUCUCUACGACGGGCCGGUCUGUGAAGUCUCCGUGACGCCCAAAGCUGUGACUCCUGCUUCCUCUGCCAAAACCUCUCCUGCCAAGCAGCCCGCUCAACCGGUCCGCAACCUGCACCAGUCCGGCUUCAGCCUCUCGGGCUCUCAGAUUGACGACAGCAUCCCCCGCCGCAACACCCAGCGCAUCGUUGCGCCCCCUGGUGGCAGGGCCAACAUCACCAGCCUGGGCUAGACGCCCUCCAUCAGCAGACAGGAGAAUAGGGGGUUGGGGGGGAGGGAUGUCUAUACCGGAGGUGUUUACUGAGACCACCGUGUCACAUCAAGAACCCUCCACAGGGCCUAUGAUUCUCCACUCCCUAGUCUCCCAACCCCCGAGCUCUCGCCCCAUUCCCUUGUUUUUCUUUUCCCAACCAUGCACCACUUCCUAAAGGAGACAUCUAGAUAAAAAAAAAAAAGUAUUUGCCUCAUGUGAAGAGAAAAGGAAAAAAUGUAACAUCACAUCUGAGCACUUCUGAUUGUAUGAUUUUUUUAUACUGUACUUUCGACCCACCACGAGUCGUGUUAUUAUUUUUGUAUUUAACUUUAUUUGCUUUUUUAAAUCAGAGGGAUCAAGUGUAUGUAUUAGAGAAGCUGUUUAUCAUUGUUACUCAUUGACAAGGCAAUGGUUAGAAUACCGGGUUUCUUGUGUCACUGUUUGUGCUACAAAUCUAUUAAGACUUUUAAGUCUACUACAUUAGGAAUGUCUUUAUUUUUUGGCAAUUUUUUAUUACAUUUUUAUUUUUAUUUUAUUUUUUUAUUACAUCAGUAGCGCCCAUGCCCUUUCUGUGGCAUUCAAUGCGAUACUUUCUGUGCCAGUCAAUAAAAGAAAGCUUUACUAGUGGUCACUGAUUAAAAAGCACGUGUUGUUUCACAACCAAUUAACAAUGAUAAUGUUACUGAAGAAGAAACCGCAUGUAAAAACAAGCAGCUUAGCAAUGUUGCAAAAAAAAAAGAGAGGACGGCAAGUGUUUCUAGCUGGAAACCUUCCUUGUUCUGGCCUCGAACUCAUCAACAUCAUAGGAUAAAAAUUAAAAUAAAAAGAUAACUUCGACUUUUUAUCUCUUAAUUCAAACUUUUUUCUCGCAAUUCUGGGUUUGUAUCUUAUAAUUCUUUUUUUUGAAAAUUCGGUGGAAUAAAGAAUAAAGUUGCAAUAACUUUUUUUUUUUUUCAUACAGAAAAAAAAUAAACAGAAUUGUGAUAUAUAAACUCAAUUGCGAAAUGUAAACUCAGAAUUGCAAGAAAGUCCAAAGUUUAGUCAGAGUUUAUCUUGUAAUUCUGACUUUUUAAAAUCAGAAUUGGCAGAAAAAAGUCACAAUUUAUUUUUAGUUUCCGUAGUUAACUAGAGAAAAUGCUGUGUUACUAAAGAACAAAGCUACGUCAAAAUAGUAGCAAUUUCCAAAUGCACUGAAGCCCAAAAUAUACUUAAGUGAUGACGCAAACACUUGGCAUAUGUUUACAACCGAACAUGUUACCUUUCAAAGUAUUUUUCAUUGGAUAGAGUGCACAAACUCCAGACAUGUAAAACUAGACAUGUUGUCCCCUUGUGGCCAAAUUAGUGUUAAUGUGUAUGUGUGAGCUAAUGUUCGCGAUUAUAAAAAUCAAGUCUCCACGCGUACAAAGUAUACUUUGGGCUAAGAGUAACCCCAGAUGGAAGUUUGAUCGCAGCGCAAAACAAAAGUGCCAUGCGAGUCGUAAUAUUUUAUAAUAUUGAGUGACUAUGUCGCUACUUUCUAUGUCAACAAAUGUGAUCUCGCAGACCUUACGCUAAUGUGUCUUUUUUGUAUCUUUAACUCCAAGCUGUGCCUGAGUUAUACUGAUCACUUUGAGUAUUUCUACAAGAGCUUGUUUAUGUUUUUUUUUUUUUAAACAACUCAAAGGUUGAUAAAUGUAAAAUAGCCGGUUAACCGAUAUAAAGGUGCCAGAUUUUUCUCGUCAUAGUGCUUUUAAAAGGCUUUUUUAAGUUUAAGUUAUCACAGCGCCAUUUUUAACGCCGUUAUAAAUGCUGCAUCCUGUAAUAACAUCAUAAAAAUAAAAAGUCAAAGGUUAAAGGUGAUUAUCAACAACUGCGCCUGUGGCAGCUCCAUGUUUUUGUGGUCUUAUUGUAUUUUUUCAACGAAUGAAUGAGAAAUUGUUUGUUUUACUUCCAAGUUGGUCUGGAAACCCACAAAGGGCGAUGCAUCGAGCAGCUCUAGGUUAGCUAAUACAGCUAGCACAGUGUCUGCUUUCUUCUCCUGUGUUUGACUCAUUUAAUUUUGAAACAAGAAGUUUGGGGAUCAUCACACACUGGGAUCAUCUCUUUUAAAAGAACCAGGCUAUAGGUAGGCUAUGUCAUCUACUGAUUUGGUAUUUGCUAAUGCUUGUAGGUUGCUUGUGGUAUUAAGGGCGGGACACUGUCACUGUAGAGAGCAUUUGAUUGGAUAAAAAUCUGUGUAGUACAAGAUGAGUCAUCAGUAUUUUUGGUUCAUUUGCAGUAAGGAGAAAUACGUUUCAAAUCUGCCAACAUUUAUGAGUACACUAUAGAUUCGCUUCAAAGUUAGAAAAUAUCUCCACAAAACUCUUAAAGUUGUUAACAGUAAUCCACAUUUUGUGGAAGGUGCUAAAGCGUUCACUUCAGGCAAAGAAGGCAUAGUUAAAACAGUAAUAAAAAGGGUUUAACACGUUUCAGUGUAGGCCUACCUUGCUUAAAUCUAACUAUGGAUUAGAAACGAUGGGACUUUCUGUAGUCUGUUUUUCAUUUAGUAAACCUGUCCUCCAGCUGUUUUCUCUUUCCUCUUGAAUAUCGGCAAAAUCUUGGCCUGUAACAUCAUUCUCAAUUGCUUGUCUUUUCUUCUGCGACUCAACACAGAAACAACACACACACACACACACACACACACAAGCCCUGAUUCAGGGUUUUAACGUACAGUGCUUGUAUACUUAUGGUGUCCUGAAACUGUUGGGAUUGAGGUCGCUCGCAAAAAGUUAGUGAAGUUAAAAUUUAGUAAAUAUGGAGGAGAAAGCUUUCUCUCUCUCUCUCUCUCUCUCUCUCGUUGGUUUUUAGUUUUAGUUUUCCCCAGAGAACGUUUUCAGUCUCAUCAGUCAAAAUUUAAUUCACUCGCUACUAUUUUGUCAUGUUGAUGUCUAGUCAAAUUAAAUGGGAGGAAGGACUACAGGCCUAUUUUAAUUAGUUUAAGUUUUCUUACAAAAAUGUUUGCGUUCCUUCGAGAAGAAGUAGAGUCUAUCACCUCAUGACUGUUACGAUUGUUUUCUUUCUUCCUGUUUCUUUUUUGUUCCUUGCUGACCUCAUUGCUUUUCCACUGUUCCUAUGACGACCGUCCCUAGUCAACAGGAUCUGAAUCUUUUAUUUGUCAUGGCAACACAUUACACAUCGGAAGCAUGCCCUUAGCAACCCUUCUGGGGCUGGUGCUGUUAAAACAAAACUGAAUCCCUGAAUCAUUUCAACUGCGUUUUCAUACAGUGUAACACAAACCAUAUACAGUACCCAACUUAUUGAGCAGGAAAUCAGAAUCAGAAGGAUCAGGUAUACAUUUAACUCAAGAUACAUUCAGAGAAAUCAAGUAUUAGCUAUUCUUGUUUAUUUAACGUUUAGUUUUAUUGGUAUUUGUAUUUCAUCCCAAUUUUGCUGGUGUGAAUAUACGGCAUCCGUUGAGAACAGAGAUUUCCUUGUCUUUUCCUUAUAGAGACAUCAUAUGUAAGAGUUCAAAUAAAACAUGCCUUAAGCAUUUCCUCUAAUCCUAGAGCAGCUGUUGGCACUAAUACUACACACACACUCUCUCACACACACACACUUUGCUAUGUUCGCUUGAAUGUUCUUCUAUGUGUGGUAUGUAAUCUAUGUAAAAUGUAGAUGGUAACUGAAAGGUCAUUAAAUCUGAGACUGCCGAUUAUUUAUAAUCCCAGAUCCUCUCUUAUCCCACUCCAGAAGUGAACGUGUUGUGUGCUGGUGUUUAUUCUGUUGGCUGUGCUGUUUGAGGAUGUUUGCUUGCUCUUAAAAGUGUCCAAUCCCUUGGAUGGUGAUGAAAAGGAAAAUUAAUAAAAGGGGAAAAAAGA